ACAAUCCCCCCCAAGCCAUUAUCAUCCAAGAUUCAAAUUACGCAUAAUAUGCCUAAUGGGUAUAAACAUUUUUGCUAUGGAGGUAUAGAACAACCAGAUAACCAAACUGACGACACAAUGUUCUACUGCUGUGGUCUUCAAAAAACUGUGGUUGAGGCUUCCCCUUUCUAGUCUUAAAAAAAGAAAGCAGCAUCUGCAGUUUAUCACACAAGUGUUGGUCUGCAUGAUAUAACCAGUGGCUCCGGAGGAGAAUGAAUAUAAUUUUGUGCAAAUUGUAAAGGGAAGCAGAGAAAACAAUUUAUAAUUUUGCAAUUAACCCUAUAGAACAGAACAUUCCUGAGAUUGUGGAACAGCAAAUCUGAUGGUUUCCAGAAAGAAAAACAAUCUAACAGCCUAAACUGAUUACGGACGUAAUGGCAGAGCACAAUUUCAACAAUAUCUCCCGUAUUAUCUACACUAAUGCUGAAAUACAAAAACAAGACCAUCUAACUAGAAAGUGUGGCAAUUUCAGUUUGAAUGAUGGCAGUCUCCGGGUCCCGUUGGCAGUCUUCUACUUGCUCAUCUUCCUGUUUGGCUUAGUUGGCAACCUGCUAGCCCUCUGGGUGUUCCUGCGACUAUACUCCAAGAAGAAUUCAGUACGCGUUUUCCUCAUUAACCUGGCUUUGGCGGAUUUGGUCCUCAUGAUCUGCCUGCCCUUCCGUGUGGCUUACCAUGCCAACCAUGACUCCUGGAGCUUACAUCCUGUGCUCUGCAGGGUAGUGGGCAAUGUUUUCUACAUGAACAUGUAUUUAAGCAUUUUUCUGCUGGGGUUUAUUAGUAUAGAUCGCUAUGUGAAGCUGCAGGGGGUCUAUGGCAGGCGGAGGUUCCUCAGCAGUAAGCAAAGCGUUCUCACAUGUUGUCUCCUCUGGGUAGUGGCUACUGUCAGCAUAAUACCUAUGAUUGCCACGGGUGGAGAUCGCACAACAUCUAAUAUGUGUUUCCAGUACAAACACCUGCUCAAUGCCAAAUGGAAGGCCUACAUAAAUAUCGUUGUUGUGAUUCUUUUCUGGGUGGUCUAUGGCAUUCUGGUAACCUCUUAUGGGAAGAUAGCAAUGGGGCUGCUUCAGGUCUCUGAGGAGAGGCCAGACUUUCCAAAUGCGGCGAAGUAUGGCAGAACCGCUCGGAAGUCCUUCUUUGUCCUCUUUCUCUUCACCUUGUGCUUUGUACCCUAUCACUUGGUGAGGAUCUUCUACAUCUACUCACAGAUCACAGACGUUUCUUGUGAGUGGAUUCAGUUAGUGGACAAGAUCAACGAGUUAUCUCUGCUACUGUCUGCAUUUAACAGCUGCCUGGAUCCAGUCAUGUACUUUGUGCUGUGUGGCUCAGUGCGCAAAGCGGUACUGCGAGUGCUGUGCAAAAACUCCUGCCUGAAGACUUCUGGUGGCUACAGCAGCUCCAGCUAUGAAAAGGGAAGAAACCAAAGGGAACCGCCUAUACAAAGCGACACCAGCACGCUGUAAAGAAAGACUGACAUUCAUAUCAAUCAUCCAAACACAUGACUGACCUGGACAAUGGCUAUUCCACUCUAGUUCUUUUAUUAACCAGUAGCUCUGAAAUGUGUUAUUGUUAUACUAAAUGAGCAUUAUCUUUCAAAGUACAUGAAAAAUUGCAAAAGAAGAAUGUGUACGACUGACCACACAAACAAUAUUUCCAAUAUUUGUUUUAAUUGGUUUCGUGGAUCGUCCCUGAUUUUACAACCCUGUGUUUCUCUCUGACUGAAGUUAGAAGAAAAAAACAGCCAACCAACUAACUUUACUAUUUUGAACUGAAACAUUCAAACAACAUCUUUGAAGAAAAUUGCUCCCCCGCCCCAGUACAAUUCAUUAUGACCAAACACAGCAGCUGAAAAUAGAACAUAAAUAAGGGUUACAAAUAGGGCACCAUACACUGACAGAAUAAUACCAUUGUGGAGGACAUAAACACUACAGAGUUUAGUGUUAUAAAAGCAACAUGUGAACUAAUCAGAGGAUGAGCUCAGAGAUGUAUCAGCCUUGUUCUUCUCAUAAAAUAUCCGUGCAUAAGCCAAUAAACUGAACGCAAAUGCUGCAUCAGAAGGCAAGAGGAAACCAGCAGGAGAACAAAGCCAGUACUGUAGAUCAGCACUUUGUUAAGCAACAAACUGCACUAGAAUCAACCGGAUAGUCUGCAAUAAAAGGUAUGAUACUAUUCAUCACUAUUGUUUACUGUAUAUAAUUAUAAGACGAAGCAACAAACUAAACAAAUCUUUAGAAACACUACUGUAAUGAUCUUAAUCUUUAUGUGAUUACGAUGUGUGAUGAAACACACUUCUAUUCAGGUUGUAUAUAGGUUCCGACUAGCACUAAUUUAUUUACUAACCUGUCUAAAUUGGUAUUUUAUUAGAUCUGUGUUUUAUUAUUAUAACACUGCCACACUGCUGUAACCCUGCAAUUCUAAAACCCUAAGCAUCUACGUUUUUACGUACUUGCUGUAUUCUAAUACACCCGAUUCAAAUCAUCAGGUAAUUAUCAGGGCUUUACAAGCAGAGUGUGUUAGAACAUAGGAAUCGCAAACGUCUACUGCAUGGAGCUUCAUAAUUUACAAAUAUGUCUAAAGUCAAUAGAGUCAAUCAUUGAGCAAGUGAAAUGUCAUGGUGGUUAUUUAUAUUUAUUUCACAUUUAUUCAUUUAACAGGCGCUUUUAUCCAAAGCGACUUACAAAUGAGGAAAUACAAGAAAAGCGAUAUAUCACGUGGAGAACAAUACAAGUAGUGCUACAAUACAAGAUUUUUUUUAUUGAGUUCUAGAGAAGCAAAGCGCGCAGAGUAGAGCAGAAUAUUUUUUUAUUAUUAUUUUUUAAAUAUAUUGUGGGGGGGGGGGGGUCGGCAAGUUAGGGGUUAGUUAAGCGUUCAUGGAAGAGGUGGGUCUUUAGCUGUUUUUUGAAGAUAGUGACAGAUUCUGCUGUCGGGAUUGAGGUUGGGAAUUGUAGCCAAGAAUUCAUACAUCAAGGUCAUUAAUGGUAUUUCUCAAGAUUGUGGCCACAAAGUACUUAAGCCAUGGCUAACUAUUUUAUUUAAAAAUGAGUGAAAUCUAUAGAAUUAGACCAUUAAGGCCACAGGAACCUAAACAUGGAUAUGAUUGAUAAUAUUAUACUUCAAGCUUGAAAUGAUGUAUAAAUAUAUACUGGAGUCACUGACAUUGCUCUUUUACAUAGAGUAUCUAUGAAGCUAAUUUGCAUGAAUAGAAAUGUGGGACAGGAAAUUCACCAUGUCACCUCUUUUUUCACUUCCUCCCCUCUACUCUGUAAAAGCAGUUUCCUGGUGCCUGAAGACUACCACUUCACUGUUCUGCCUUGGCGUUAUCUCCUUCUGGCUAUCCUGGGCUUCCUGACCAAUAGAUUGGCUGCACUGGACCACUGGAGGACUAAGAAGACACCCACAGUCAUCUUCACUUCAGACAUAGUGGUCUCAGACCUGAUGCUUUGCUGCAGCUUUCCCUUUAGAAUAUGGCUUCCUCCUAUAUACAUAGUUCCCGGUGGAAGGCUGGCACUGUGGUCUGCUCAGUUUUUUAUGGUCUCAUGUUUCUACAUCAACAUGAGUUUCUUUGCUGUGGACCAGCAUCAACAGCUGUGUUACAGAAGUAUGGCUACACUGCAGGCUGUUCCUAGUCUUCAAGUGUCCACGUCUCUGUUGGCUCCCCUGCCUUGGCACCUGGAUAGUGGGAAUCACCUUUGUCAUUGGCUCUAUGGCACAUAGAGCAGGCCUGAAAUCCACAGAACAAGAACUGAAUAACCAGACCAACAACUCCAUGUAAAAUCUUAGAAAGGAGUCUCGUUUAUAUAUUACCUAAGAGACCACGUUUCAGACCAAAAACACAAUGAAGGUUGCUGGGUUUUGCUGCAAAAAUAAGAAGCAAGUGCGACAGUUAAAGUCUCCAGAAGAACCGUGGCUGGUUCAGCAAGAUACUCAAUAAAACUUACAGCUCAUUUCCUUAUAAAACUGUACAAAUUGUACCCGAGACUACUAAUACAUUUUUUUUUAAAGCAAAUGGUCGACACACUAAAUAUCGACUUUCAUUUAUUUCCAUUUACUACUCUUUAUAGUAUUUUUUUUUUAAAUGUAGAAACAUUUAAUUUCAUUAUGUUUGAAGGCAUCUGCACAGCAUGUCUUUGCAUGUGCCUAAGACUAUUGCACAGUACUGGGGAUAUUUAGCAUGGCUCCUACUUUCUUCAGCAACAAAGUGCAUAAUAUGGCACCAAAGAAGGAGUGUACAUUUUAUUGAGAAUAUAUACAGAAUCGAUUUC